AUGAGACCGCAGCAAACGCGAGAUGAAAUCGUCCGAUUGCUCACUGCCGACCCUGGACUUCCAGUGGCAAGUCCCACUCAGUCCUAUUGGCAGAGGGAUCCCCACGCGUUAGCAUCAACUCGCUCCCCAGUCCUCCCCCGAACUGUUGACAUCGCCAUCAUCGGGUCUGGAGUCACCGGUGCUAGUGUAUCGAAAGCAAUUCUAGAAAAUGAUCCUAAGCUACGAGUCGCUCUCUUUGAAGCACGAACUUUGUGUUCUGGAGCCACCGGUCGGAAUGGUGGACAACUUGCAACAGCUGCCGGGGGUGACUACAGUUCUCUUGUCGCAAAUUUUGGAGCUGAGACAGCCGGCAAGAUUGUUAACCUUACCAUAAAAACAACGUCUAAGAUGCGAGAAAUGAUUCUCAAAUACGCCCCAACCUCGUGCGAUUUUCAAGAUACUACCAAAAUUCGGGUAUACCUUGACAGUGCCUCAUUCCAGGCAGCCAAAUCGAGCGUCGAGCAGUUGGAGCGAGACCAUCCACUCUUGAAAGGCGAGUUCAAAAUAAUUGGAUCCCAAAAGAUCAAGGAUUAUGGCAUUAGCAAGGGUUACGGAGCUAUGCUGCAUCGCGCAGGCAGUGUGUGGCCGUAUCGUUUUAUUACCAAAGUUUUUGAGGCGCUACUUGAGCAACAUCGGGCUCGAUUCACCAUUGAAACAAACACGCCUGUCACUAGCAUCACAUACGACGGCCCCGGUUCCCAUCCGUAUCAGCUUCAUACUCCCCGAGGAACGGUGCGUUGUACCAAGGUGAUUCAUUGUACAAAUGGAUACGCUGGCCACCUUCUGCCAGGUCUUCGGGGAUGCAUGUUUCCUUUGACUGGCUCCAUGACAGUACAGAAUCUUCAAUCUAGCAUUCCGAAUCGAGGCACGAGCUAUUCUUGGGGGUUCCAUUAUUUGAUGCGGCAAGACUACCAAACCGGGAAGAUCAUGGAUGGUCUUCAAUAUCUGAUUCAAAGUCCGAAGUCUAAUCUAUUUUUUUUCGGUGGGGAUUACGCAACUUGGGAGGAAUUGCUGCAUGCCGAUGAUAGUAGAAUGUGCGAUACCUCCGUUGACGUCCUACAAAAGACUUUGCCCCUCUAUUUCGAAGGGAAGGAGAAAGACGUGCCGCCUCAAAAGGGCAAGCUUGUAUCUGCGUGGACCGGGACGAUGGGUUUCUCCGCCGAUGGCGUGCCUGUCGUUGGGCAGGUCCCAUCAUCUCUUUCUUUGCGUCGCGGAUCUGGAGAGUUUGCAGCUGUGGCAUUCAAUGGAUAUGGAAUGCCUAACUGUUGGCUGGUGGGAGAGGUUCUAGCUAAGCUUGCUUUAGGAGGCACCGCACCGGAGUGGUUCCCAGAUUGUUAUUUGAUCACUGACAAGAGGUUGCAAACGUCUCUGACGCUGGAACGGUCGAUUGGGGAGGUGCAACUUCCGGAGGUCCAAGCGAGUAAAAUCUGA